AUGGAGAAGCAAAAUGAAAAUGUCGAUGUCGCGACCACCCCGCCACAUAUGGCGCUGGCCGAAUUUCCCAGCCAAUCCACAAAGCCACCGCUAGUAGAGCCCGAACAGCCGGCAGCAAAGGCGUUCCCAAUCGCGGUCAUCUCAAAGCUCCAAGUUCUCAACCAGCGUCUUGAAGCUCUGUCCGCCUUCGAAGCCCGCGGAAUUGCCCGCGUCCCGCCCCAUGAGCGCCAACCCUCGUCAACCGCGGGCAAUGUGCAGAUCGCCUUGCUUUGGUUCAGCGCGAAUAUAUCAUGCAACAAUCUCAUCGUCGGCCUAUACGGCCCGCUGUUGUUCCAGCUUGGAUUCCUGGACAGCGCCAUGUGCGCUGUCUUUGGAGCGUUCCUAGGCAGCCUGUCCACAGCAUUCAUGGCUAUUUGGGGGCCGAAGACAGUCAGCGGCGGCACAGUGUCCAUUGCGGUCGGCAUCGUCAUCAUCAAUCUGGUCUGCUGGGCCAUCGUGGUUUUCGGCAUGAAGCCAUUUCAGCAGUAUGAGAGGUUUGCCUGGAUCCCUCAACUACUUGUACUGUUUGUGCUCAUAGGCUGCGCUGGACCAGACUUCGAUGUCUCGACGGUCUCGAUCGGAAGCCCGGCUACUGUGGCGGCGAACCGGCUUUCCUUCUUGUCAAUGUGUCUCUAUGUGCCGAAUUCAUGGUCGGCAGCCGCGUCAGAUUUCUUCGUCUACUAUCCCGAGACCACAUCACCGCUCAAGAUCGCCUCACUAACCAUGCUUGGUCUAUGGCUGUCAUUCAGCCUCGUGUACAUGAUGGGGUACGGCGUAAUAACCAGCAAGGACCCUGAACUGACUCGUCAGUGGUCUGAUGACAUGCGUACCGCUAACUUUCGAACAGCAUCGGGCUAG